AAUAUUGAAAACCAAACUAAACUAAGCCUUGAAGAUUGUACUAAAUAAUAGUAUAUUGUCUUGAAGUUGUUCUAUUUUUGGUCUUAUCAGUAUCAGUUUUGUUCUAAAGAUAAAGCCAUGAAUCCACCGAAAGGUUUCCAGUUUGCUAUAGAUAGAGGAGGUACAUUCACUGAUGUGUUUGCCCGCUGUCCCAAUGGUAAAGUAAGAGUCAUGAAAUUAUUAUCUGUGGACCCACAGAACUAUGAUGAUGCUCCAAGAGAAGCGAUAAGAAGGAUAUUGCAAGAGGAAACAGGAAAUGCUUUAGAUAAGGAUGGAAAAGUGAAUUCUUCGCUGAUUGAAUCAAUAAGGAUGGGUACAACGGUGGCCACUAAUGCAUUGUUGGAACGGAAGGGAGCUAAAAUGGCGCUCGUUAUAAAUAAAGGUUUUAAAGAUUUACUUUAUAUUGGGAAUCAAGCAAGGCCGCAUAUAUUUCAGUUGAAUAUAAAACGCCCAGAAGUUUUGUACCAAGAGGUUAUUGAAGUUGACUGUAGAGUGAUACCGGCGUUAGAAGAACGCUGUCAAAUCGAUAAAUCGAAACAUAAUUGGAAGGAAGUUUAUGGAACUACGGGUCAGAAAAUGUUGGUCACUAAAGAAGUGGAUGAAAAUGCAGUGAGACAAGAUUUGAAGAAAUUAAAAGAGAAAGGGAUAGACAGUAUUGCUGUUGUUUUCGCACAUAGUUAUACUUACCAUGAUCAUGAGAUUAAAGUGGGCAAAAUAGCCAUGGAUUUGGGAUUCAAUCAGGUGUCUCUUUCGCACGCGGUGACCUCUAUGGUACGUGUAGUGCCGCGCGGGUUCACCGCGUGCGCGGACGCGUACCUCACGCCGCACAUACGAGAAUACGUUAAAGGGUUCGCUAAUGGAUUUACCAAUGGAUUAAAAGGAUCCAAUGUGUUGUUUAUGCAGUCUGAUGGUGGAUUGACUCCGAUGAAUUUAUUUAAUGGAUCCCGAGCGAUCUUAUCAGGUCCGGCUGGAGGAGUUGUAGGUUAUGCGAUGACGUCAUACCAGAAGGAAACUGGGUUGCCAGUUAUAGGUUUCGAUAUGGGCGGUACUUCAACGGACGUGUCAAGAUAUGCUGGUUCUUUGGAACAUGUCCAUGAAGCGACCACUGCAGGAGUUACCAUACAAGCACCACAAUUAGAUAUAAACACGGUGGCGGCGGGCGGGGGCUCCAUGUUGAUGUUCCGCUCGGGGCUGCUGGUGGCGGGCCCGCAGUCCGCGGGGGCGCAGCCCGGCCCCGCCUGCUACAGGAAGGGGGGCCCGCUCACGGUCACUGACGCUAAUUUGUUAUUAGGUCGUCUUUUGCCGGAAUAUUUUCCGAAGAUUUUCGGUUCAAAUGAAAAUGAACCUUUAGAUAAAGAAGCGACUAUAAAAGCGUUUAAGAAAAUCACGGAUGAAAUAAAUUUAUUCCUGAAACAAGAUGGCGGGAAAGAGAUGACUAUGGAAGAGGUUGCAAUGGGUUUUAUUGAUGUUGCCAAUGAGACUAUGUGUCGGCCGAUUCGUGCGUUAACGACUGCGCGUGGUUAUGACGCGUCUGCGCACGCACUGGCUUGCUUCGGCGGCGCUGGCGGCCAGCACGCCUGCGCGGUGGCGCGCCAGCUCGGCAUUGCCACUGUCCUGCUGCAUAAAUAUGCUGGAAUCCUAUCAGCGUACGGUAUGGCACUAGCGCACGUAGUACACGAGGCGCAGAAGCCGUGCGCAGCGCUCUACUGUCCUGACCACUUCGAGCGACUGGACGACCAGCUGGACGUGCUGGCCGCAGUCUGCAGGGACAAGCUGCGGGCACAGCUCAUGGACACGCGCUCGCGCUCCGCCUGCCGCCACGGCGACUUCUACACUGCUUUUCUUGAUAGAUAUAAGAAUGAGUUCGGGUUCACGUUAGCGGAUAGGGACGUGAUAGUGGACGAUGUGCGUGUUCGUGGCGUUGGUAUGAGCCAGCUUGCAGACCCUGAACCACUGCCCAGCGGGAAAUUGAACAAACCUAUCCCUGAAAAGACAGUAAAAGUUUACUUCGAAGGCGGAUAUCAAGAUACAGAAAUACAUUUAUUAGAGAAAUUAUUUUACUUAUAUAUGUGUUUUGUUUCAGGAUGUCACGCGGAGAUAACGAAAUACGGCGAUAUCCGUAUAACAGUUGGUUCUGGGUUAACAAAGAAAGUGACAGAGGAACUGGAUUCAGUACAACUGACUAUAUUCUCACAUCGAUUUAUGUCGAUCGCUGAACAAAUGGGAAGAGUGUUGCAACGUACAUCAAUAUCAGUGAAUAUUAAAGAACGGUUAGAUUUCUCGUGCGCGUUGUUCGGCCCCGACGGCGGGCUGGUGUCGAACGCACCUCAUAUUCCUGUACAUUUAGGAGCUAUGCAGGAAACUGUCCAGUAUCAGAUGAAAGUGCGCGGCGACAGUCUGAAGGCAGGCGACGUGCUGCUGGCCAACCAUCCCAAAGCGGGCGGCUCGCAUUUGCCCGACUUGACUGUCAUAACGCCCGUCUUUCAUAAAUCAUCGAAUCGUCCGAUAUUCUUCGUGGCGUCUCGCGGCCACCACGCGGACAUCGGCGGGUUGACGCCGGGCUCCAUGCCGCCGCACUCCACCGCACUCGCACAAGAGGGCGCUGCUUUUAAAUCAUUCCUCUUAGUUGAUGGUGGACGAUUUAACGAAGAAAAGCUUAUAGAAGAAUUAAUGGCACCAAGCAAACAGCCCGGCUGCUCCGGCACUAGGAACUUAGCGGAUAACUUAUCUGACUUGAAAGCACAAGUUGCUGCUAACCAAAGAGGCAUCCAGUUAGUGUCAGAACUGAUAGAUCAGUACGGUCUAGAUGUCGUGCAGGCUUACAUGGCGCAUAUACAGAAGAACGCGGAGUUAGCUGUUAGAGAUAUGCUCAAAGAUAUAGCAAAGAACGCUAUCGACAAAACAGGGUCGGCAGUACUACGUUCUACUGAAUACAUGGACAAUGGCACGCCUAUAGUACUAACUGUUACCCUAGAUAAAGAUAAAGGCAGUGCUCUUUGUGAUUUUACUGGUACUGGUGUAGAAGUGUGGGGGAAUUUAAACGCACCUCGAGCGAUAACUCUCUCAGCGUUGAUUUACUGCCUGCGUUGUAUGGUGGGCCAUGAUGUACCCUUAAAUCAGGGUUGUUUGAACCCCGUGCAAGUGAUAAUCCCCGCGGGGUGUAUUUUGGACCCGUCGGAGGGCGCGGCGGUGGUGGGCGGCAACGUGCUGACGUCACAGCGCAUCGUCGACGUCGUGCUUAAAGCUUUCCAGGUAACUUAUCCCACUAUCACCAGUAGGAUCCAUCUAAACUUUCGCAUUUAUAAUAUUAGUAAGAUUGUUACCAUGUCAGGUAAAUGGCGGGGAGGUGACGGGGUGACCCGCGAGCUGGUGUUCCGCCGUGCGGUGCAGCUCUCAGUGUUGACGGAACGUAGAGCUUUCCAACCUUACGGGAUGAAUGGAGGGGAGGCCGGGGAGAGGGGACUCAACUUGCUGCAGAGGGCAGACGGGAGACUUAUAAAUUUGGGAGGGAAGGCCUCUAUUGAAGCUUAUCCCGGAGAUAAAUAUAUAAUGAAUUCCCCCGGAGGUGGGGGCUACGGUGUACCGACUGAACACAACACAGACACGCAGACAGACAAUCUGUACAGCGAAUUUUUACAAAGAGGCAGCGUUUAUGAAUAUAAAAGUGCACAGGAAUCUGUUUAAAAAAACUUUUAUGUUAUGUUAAAAAACAUGUUUUUCAAGGUUUUUCAAAUUUCAAAUCAAAUCUUAAACAUUUUACGGUAAAUUUUCUUAAUCAUAAAAUACUAGCCCGUGAUUUUGCCUUUGGUAUUUAAAAUCUAGUAAAAAAUAUAUCUUACUGGCUGUUGCUCGCGUCUUUGUUCGCUUGGAAUUAAAAAAUAAAACAAUAUAGUC